AUGGCGUUUCUGUUUCAGAAAUUUCAAGAGGCAGUCAAGGUGCUCGCGAAAAGUACAACGUUUGCUAGAGAUGGAAGGCAUCUUCAAUUCGAGGCGGAUAUGAACAGACUUUUUCUUUAUACCAGCUACAAUCGCUUGGGGAAAAAUGCCGAUGAAGCAGAUGCAGACGAGAUAGUAGACAUUGCUUCCAAGGCAUCUCUAGCUGAGCAGCAAAAGCAAGUUCAAGAAAAUAUUCACGCUCAAAUGAAUACAUUCUGCACCUACAUGGAUGGUAUUCUUUGUCCAGACUCAAAAAGAACGAACACGGUCAACCCGUCUUCAGAAGUGAAUAAUGCUCCAAGACGCAGUGGUCUUGGCCUUGCUGUGGGCAGGACUAACCCUUUGGAUGAGAAGUGCACUCGUAUGGUGGACACAAAGCCUCUAAAACGUUUUGAGCUCUCACAGAAACUAAAAGACCUCACUGGAUACACUCUCCAAAUCAAGCCGUCACAAAUCCAACACGAAGACGCGGGCCAGGGUUUGUUUUUGGAUGGUGAAGCUGAUGUGGGUUCUGUAAUAGCUAUAUAUCCUGGCAUCACAUACUCUCCAGCUUACUAUCAGUAUAUUCCCGGAUACCCAAGAGUUGACCUGAAAAACCCUUAUUUGAUUACGAGAUAUGAUGGGACCGUUAUAAAUGCCCAGCCUUGGGGCACAGGUGGUGAAACUCGUGAUAUGUGGGACGGGUUGAAUUUUGAGGAACCCAAGUUGAAUGUAGAAAGUGGUGAAAAUGGCUCAGAUCGGGUGUGGAAAUUGCUCAGCAAACCUUUGGAUGGUUCGCGGGUCGGAGUUAGAAGCGUAAUUUUGGAGAGACGGAAUCCGCUGGCUUUUGCGCACUUCACGAAUCACCCGUCAAAGGGCAUGGAACCGAACGUUGUGGUUUGCCCUUAUGAUUUUCCUUUGAGUGACAAGAGCAUGAGAGCUUAUGUGCCGAAUAUUUCGUUUGGAGAUGGGGAUGGUGCGAAAAUGAGGAAAUUUGGCAGCUUUUGGUUUAAAUCAUGGAAAUCGGGCAACGACAUGAGUACCGAUGUCCCGGUUUUGAAGAGCCUUGUUCUAGUUUCCACGAGAAGGAUCUGUAAUGAGGAGGUUUUGUUGAAUUAUAGGUUGAGCAACUUGAAGCGUAGGCCUUCGUGGUAUAUCCCGGUUGAUGAGGAGGAGGACCGAAGAAGGUGGAGUUAG